AAUCCGGGCGGGGCGGCGGGGAGCGCAGUCGGCCGCGCUGGUGACGCGGGUGGCGUGUCCGCUGUCCCGCCGUGCCGCCAUGGCAGCGCUGCCCGGUGCCGCGGCCCCGCGGCUGCUCCUCAUCCCUAGCAAAGCGGCCGAGGCUCCCGGCACCGCGGCUGCCCGGCAUCUGUCCGUUGUCCUGCCGGCAGGAGCCGACCCCGGCCUCCCGGGGAUGGAGACCGCGCAGCCGGCCCGCAAGCGGCAGCGGCUCACGCAUCUGAGCCCGGAGGAGAAGGCGCUGCGCAGGAAGCUGAAGAACCGCGUGGCGGCCCAGAGUGCCCGCGACAGGAAGAAGGCGCGGAUGACAGAGCUGGAGCAGCAGGUGGUGGAGCUGGAGGAGGAGAACCAGAAGCUGCUGCGGGAGAACCAGCUCUUGCGGGAAAGGACGUGUGACCUCGCGCGGGAGAACCAGGAGCUCCGCUGCCGCCUGGGUUUGGAUGCUCUGAAGACGGAGGAGGAGGGUGACGAGUUCCAGGUUGUGAAGGAAUCCCAGGUGGAUGAAAUCAGAUUGGUGACCGGGUCCGCUGAGUCCGCAGCACUCAGACUACGUGUUCCUCUGCAGCAGGUGCAGGCCCAGCAGUCACCAUUUCUGAUAGUUUCCACAUGGAUUCUGAUGGCAGUGACUCUUCAGACUCUGAGUCUGAUGUCCUAUUGGGCUUUCUGGACAGUCUGGACCCAGAGUUGUUUCUCAAAUAUGCUGAUUCAGAGUCAACGUGCCUGGAAAAGCUGGAUGAAGAGAUCUCUGGAGAAACAAAUUCCAUACCAGCCGCCCUCUCUCCCUCUUUGGGGUCCCCAUCAGCCAAGCUGGAAGCCAUUAAUGAACUCAUAAGGUUUGAUCACGUGUAUACAAAACCCCUGGUAGUGGAGAUUCCUGUUGAAGUGGCCAACCAAACCAAUAUGCUAGUGAAAAUUGAGAAAGAAAAUCUCUCUUCAUCUGACAAGGCCAUCCCUGAAGUCCCAGUGUCUGUGAAGAAGGAACCUGUAGACAGCUUCAUGCCUGAACUGGGCUUUUCUCAUCUGCUUUCUUCUUGUCAUAGCCUUGAAGCCUCAAGCUACCUGUUGGAUGGCUGUAGUGACUCUGGGUAUGAAGGAUCCCUGUCUCCCUUCAGUGAUACGUCUUCUCCGCUUGGCACUGACCAUGCGUGGGAGGACAGCUUUGCCAAGGAACUCUUUCCCCAGCUCAUCAGUGUCUAACCUGGUAGUGUUAACUCCCUGGGAGCAACUGUCCUGGCAGGAAAUCAGUAAUGCCCCUUUGGGGGUGUAUGUGGGGAAAAUCAAGUCCAUUCAGAAAAGUGUUUCUCAUCUUUACCAUGCUAGUUGAUGGUAUGAAAAAGCCUGGGGUGUCCUGUCCUACCCUGGCUCCCCCCAGUCAGUGUUGGCUUAGGAGAGAGGCAGGUUUGUUUCUCAAUAACUUGCUCAUUCUCUGUGAACCUGAAAAUGUUUUGUUUUCCAGUUAAAAUUUUAACACCAAAAACUAAACUGGGAUAUUCAUGUAUAUGCAACUGGGCUAGACCUUAAUAGUCUCUAAGUCUUAAAGCUUCACUAAAUGCUUGUUUUCCAUUUGCUAUGUAGAGUUGCUUUGUCCAUUUAAUAUUUAACUGUAUUGGUGCAAUUAAAAUGCAGUGCAGCUCACUGACCCUGUUUUGCCUUAGAACUCACUGGGGAGGGGAGAGUAUCUGGGCCUUGGAGAAUUUAAGUUCAGGUCCCUCAGUGUCUCAUCCUGCCACAAUGCAUUGAGGAGCACUGCUCAUAAGGUGUCUGCAGCUGGAUGCUUCAGCAGUUCCCUUUUGGGGGCACUGGAUGUGGUAGACAGGUUUGUGUGAUAACUAGAGCAAAACCUUCAGCCUCUGUAAGGCAGGCAGGUAGCAGGAGCUUGAAGUCUGAAUAUUCAAAAGUCAGGGCAGUGGUGGCACCCUGGUGGCCAGUAAUGCUGUCCAAAAUUCUCAGUCUGAGGGGAGGUGAGACAGACACUGUGUGAAAACAGUUGCAGAUUCCCUAUUACCACAGGAAAGCCUGAAGCAUCAAAUGGACUUGUCAGGAGCUAAUUUCAAAUACCACAGCAGGACUUCUCAUUGUCCACAUCCAUUUGCUCUGGUAUCCAGUAUUUAUCACAAGAUUAAAAAAACUUGGAGAGACAGAAGAAAUUUUAUACUGAAAAUAAGAGAGCUGUUGCAGGUGUUAGCACAGCUGUGCUUGGUUUCAGUGCUAUUUCAUGUUUUGCAUUCAAUUUUGGCAAAAAUAACUUGGGGUAGGGAAGAAAGAAAACCAGAGAUGUUUCAGUCAGUAACAUUCAAGGUGACAGGACUGAUUUGGAUUACAAGCUUGAGUAACCUAGCUAAUAAUGAAGGAUUCCACCUGAAUAGUGGGUAGAAGUAAAGAUACAGCUGUGCAGCGUAACAAAUUUAGAUUGAAAAUCCAAGCAGUCAGAAGAAUAAGUUGCUUUACUUUCAAGGUGGAAAAUAGGGAUGACUGCAAGAGUAUCAAAUUGUUGCAUGUCCAAAAAAAAAAAAAAGUGAGGAUUUGAUCUGUAGUUUUGCAAUACAUUUGGUUAGCACCCUUUUAUGGAGCCCCAGCCCCUCCUGGCAACCAUGAGCAAGCCAUUUCAACAUCUAAAAAAUCCAAAGAAAAUUGUAUUACAUUCUCCUUUUCAUCACAGUAGGACAUGGGAUGUGCUUAACAUUUUGACCUUGUUAAGCAUACGAAACAGAAAUGUUCAAGGACGUGGUCUUUACACUGUUUUGCUUCCCCUUCUCAACAGCUCUAUCCUGACUUACUGCAAUCACUGGGUCCCACAACCAAGGUGUUAAUAGUUACUGAGACCUCUUCCACUAAAAACACAGAGCUAGUUCUUGUUUGGCAUCUGGAAGCCUACUACCAUUGAGAAUUCCUAUGAGCACUAGUAUUUUCUACUAGAAUCAAGUCCACUAACAUGGUACACAAAAAAAAGCAAGUCUUACCUUCCAAGAAAAUUACUAAAAUCUGGAUUUAAAACUCUUCUCAAACAUUCCUUAACUUUAAGAAUACCUAGCUUGCUUAGUUCUGAAUAGUUUUAUUCUGAAGUAAAAUAAAAGAUCUCAAAACAAGCUAUAGCAACACUUUAUUGGUACCCCUAUUGCUUUGUCAGAGGCCUAUGAGAGACUUAAAAUAACUUUUCCUUCCUGGCAGCUUUAGGUUUAUUCUAUUGUGCUGCUGGCUUCCCUUGUCCUGCUGAAUACUGUGGAGGAAAAAAGGGGCACGCCUUUGACAUAACAGAGAUAAAUUCAAAUCUUCUUAAGCCAGAAGAGUACUUUACUGUCCAGCUGAAGGACUGCACAUAGGCUCUCAAGGUUUUAUCACUCUUACCAGGAAUGAAACAGUCAUCUAAAAAAUAUUUUAGAAAAUUUAUUGAAAAUUGACAUACAAAGGGUGAUUUGGUCCCAAGAGAAGACAGACCAGAAUCAGAUCUUUCAUAUUUCAAAAUAAUGUUUUUCCUAAUACUGCGUUGCGUUUGCCAUCCUGUCUGUGAACAGCAUUAAUAAAAGUCUUUUAAUGAAGACAACAACAAAUGAAACUCACAAAUACAGAAGUCUGUAAAUGCCCACAGCUUGAUCUCUCAUCCAAUCACCCUCUCCAAGUGAUUGCUGUAGCAAGGAUCUUGCUCAGUGCUCCUGUCACUUGGUUCCCACUCUUCCAUCAAUUUAAGCAACUCAACCCCUCUGUCUCCUAUCACCAGGGCAGAAAUGCAUUGUGAAAAAAUGAAAGCAAAUGUUUUCUAUCAAAGCAAACUUGUCAGACAAUUUUUUUCUCCAUCUCAGUCUUUGUCAACAGUGCACCACUCUAUUCUUGUUUUAAUGGCAGGUAACAGGUCAGUGAUGCCCUAUUGGCAUUGAAUUAAGAGGAUAAACACCUCUGAAAGUCAACCUUUGGUACAAACCUAGCAGGAAAAAAAGUAUGCUUAAAAGCCAUCUACAACAAAUUCUGCAAAUCUGAUAUGCAAUUUGGUGUUUUUAAGAGAAAAACAACUGCAUGAAUUUAUGUAUUUAGGCCUCCCAGAGUUGUUUUUUUUUUACAUCUUCUGUUGCAGUUUCAAUGUUGCUGAGAUGGUUUCAUAACAUUUUUGAAAUUUUUAUCCAUUUUUUUCAAUUUAUUUAGGAUUCAGAGCUUUCACCUAAAAUACUUUAACUAUAAUCCAGCAAGCUGAAAACCAGUCACUUACUUGGAGGCAUCACAUUUUCUACCUGCAGUGACUACAGCCUUCUCCAAACUGACUGCUUUAUGUUCUACUCAACCACUGGCGCACAUCAAAGGCUGUAGGUUUUGAAAGAUGUUCAGCAGCUUAAUUAAUACAUAAGAAAUUUUACACAGUUCAUGCAAAAGAUUUAUAGCAGGCCCUGAAAUUAAAUUAGGCAUUAUAGCAAGAUGGGCUGCACAUGUUCUUUAACUUAAUAAACCUUCCAGAAUGGCACAGGUGU